GAAGGAUGGACCGAAGGGGUCAUCAACUUUCCUCCAACGUGUAAGUACAAGGUUAACUCAGAAAAGUACAUAAGUAAUGAUAACAAAUCUAGAAGGAGAACACCUGCAUGGUAUAUAUUUGUUCUAAACUUACACUAAUGUCUUAACAGUGCAUACACGAGUCAAGUCUUCUUGCAAAUAUAACAAAAGUAUUUAGUAAUCACAGUAUUAGAAUUUAAACGGUCAUUGGUUCCCUGCUGUUCAGCUUCACUACUUUAUUAAUUGAAAAACAUUCUAUUAGAUCCAACUGAAAUAAAACGACAGGCGGUUAAAAGUGUUAAUUCUCAAAUUCGGUGUGUUGCUUCCUUACUCAUACUUAUAUUAUGGUGUGUAACUCUGUACAAGAUUAAAUGGUUGAAAUGCCCCCACCGGUGCAUCUUUUGGUUUCGGUGGUAAACUUGUUUCUUUCCAUCCGGUGGCACCCACCCAAGGUGCGCAAACAUCUACAUCUGAGGUACAUGUGCACAAUUUGGUGAUUGAGCAAAGUCUGGUGAGCCGAUCAACUGAAUUUGAAGCUGCUAUUCAGAAUGGCGACAAAAGUUCGCUAUGUGCUCUGUGUGAAAAAAUACCAAGAAUCUUUAUCUGACGAGGAGAGAGAAACCUGGGGCUUCUUAAGGGUUAUGUUUGAGGACGAUGAUUUUGCAAGGACAAAAUUGCUUGCUCAUCUUGGCUUCGAACCACCUCAGGCACCGCCUGCAAGUUCAACUGAUGAAUUGAGCCAAAUAUUGGCAGAUACACUUAAUAUUGAUCAUGCUGCAGUAACCGAUAAUGCGGAUGCCCAGUUUCUUAUUGAUAAUGGGGAUGAUUUUUUCAACAAUCCUCAACCUUCAGAGGCUAGCUUGGCUGAAGAAUCAGUUUCUACAAAUGGUCAACAGAUAGAACAGGAAGUUUCUGGAGAUGCUGUGCCAUCAGAUCCAUCAAUUGACAAAAGCAUUCAACAUGCGUUGGUGGUUGGAGACUACAAAGGGGCAGUUAACCAGUGUCUUGCUUCUAAUCAUAUGGCUGAUGCUUUGGUUAUAGCCCAUGCAGGUGGUUCUGCUCUCUGGGAAAGCACAAGAAAUCAUUAUCUCAAGAACAGUAUCUCACCCUACUUAAAGGUUGUCUCUGCUAUGGUGGGUAAUGAUUUAAUGAGUUUUGUGAGUACCUGGCCACUAAGUUCAUGGAAAGAAACUCACGCCCACCUAUGGACCUACCCCCUCGCCUCCCAGCAUGGCCGCCGGCUUGGUGUCGCCCCCGACCAAGGUUAUUAAGGCGUUAAGGCGAGACAUGGCGACCCACCCCCUUCCAAACGCCUAGGCGAGUUAGGCGUGCGGCGAGGCGACGUCAUACGAGCAUGGGCACUCGAGUCAAAGAGGUGGUACCUGUCGGCUUGUCACUGUGAUGAGGUAGCAGAGAAGUAGGAUGCCAUAACAUUUGGUGUUCUGAAGAAGCGACAAAAGGACUUGCUGAGCGGUUUGAGUAUUUGUAAUGUGCCUAAACUUAAAUCAGAGACAAGGCUGCUGUUAUGAGGGAUAAGUGAGCCAUUCAUAUUUUAGUGAUGUGGCAUGGUAUUCUUUGCAGAAAUCUCAUCUUUGUGUAUAGAUUAUGAAACAUUUUCUUAUAACAAUGUAACACACAUUUUGUAUAUAAGUUAUCAUUGUAUUAUAUGUUCCCGUUGCAACGCACGGGCACUCACCUA